UUAUUUUUAUUUUCAUCAGUUCAUUUUUUAUAAUCAUUAUUAUUUUAUAUUUCAGCUAUGGAACAAUCUAGUGAAAAUUCAAGGGUGAGUUAGAAAAAUAUGGAUGUAGUAAAAACCUUUUUAGAAAGUUGUAUUCAAGAAAUAUCCUUAAACGGGAGACUUGGAAGUAGUUUGAAGGCAGAUUUAUGGAACAAGGUUAAACUAGUUUUGGAGAUUUCUCAUGGCUUUAGCGUCACACAAAAGCAGAUGAAGAAUCAUUAUGAUUAUCUAAAAGAAAAGUAUCAAGCUUGGUUGCCAAUAACUAAAAAGACUGGCAAUAUUUAUGACCCAGCAACCAAUACCAUUCUAAUGUCUAAUAGUGAGUGGGAUGAGUACAUAAAGGCUCAUCCAAAAGCAAAGGCAUUGAAGACUUCACCUCUAUCCUUCCCUGAUCUUUGUACAAAACUUUUUGAGGGUUCUACUGCAACAGGAAUUCAUGGUUGGAGUCCAAGCUAUACAUAUCCUAUCGGGCCUCACAUUGAGGAAUGUAUGGAAAAAUUAGAAGCACUUGAAUGGGAAGAACCACUAUACAGUGCAACUGUUAGUAUACUUUGUGAAGGUGAAAGCUAUAGGAAAGCAUGGAUGAAAAUUACAGAAGUCAACAAAUUAGAGAGUUGGAUUAAGGCCACGGGGAAAAAAAUGGGAAUUUUUUGAUUUUGCUAAUUAGCUAGAUUAUUCUUCAGACGUUAAUAAUAAUGUGGAACCUUCCUUGUUUUUUUCAACUAGUAUCUAUUAUGCUUAUUUAAUUUUUUAAUAUCAAAUUAUGGUUGUGCAAUAUUUUUUUGUGUGAUAUACCUUUUUUAAAUGUCUGAGUAUGGCAUUGUUUUACUAAUUAAUUUAUUGUGGUUAUGUAACUUCUUAUGUUUUUCAAAUACAUACAAUGUUAU